AUGAGGCCAACUACUCCAGGGAAUCUCCAUCCCCGAUUAACUAUACUUACAUCAUUUUGCAACAAUUCUCAAAAUGAGGGCGGCUUCACUGCUGUCACAGUAGACAACGAUGGUGGCCGUACCAUAGCCAAUGCUAUCUUCAGUGGUCCAGGACUAUCGGUGGUAAACUGGGACAGGACUACCAUAGCGGGUUCCGUCGGAACCUUUACCGAUGAUCCCUUCGGUAUCGGAGAUAAUGCUACCCUAACUACAGGUCCAGCAUCUGGAGCCUUGCCUGUAGGAGACGGCAGUAUUGAUAACCAGGGGGGAGCGUCACAAGACUACUGCAGUGCCGGUAGCAAAGAUGCUUCUGUUAUAUAUGCCGGUCUCCUUCUCGACGCUGGGUACAAUGGGCUUCGCAUUGAGUUCGUCUUUGCUACCAAUAAGCCUGUUGGUAUCAGCAUCUUCUCCUUUACCAACGGGCUCGAGCAAAUUGCAAGGUUCAACGGUUAA